AUGGCAGAAGAAGUGGUUCUUCACGGAAAGUGGGCUAGUCUGUUCAGCAAGAGGGUGGAGCUAGCUCUGAAAGUGAAAGGAAUCGAGUAUGAGUUCGUGGAAGAAGAUUUGACGAACAAGAGUGAAGCACUCUUGCGGUUCAAUCCUGUUCACAAGAAAGUUGUAAUCCCUGUUCUUGCUCACAACGGCAAGUCCAUUGCCGAGUCACCUGUCAUUAUCGAGAACAUCGACGAGACUUGGAAGGAGGGUCCUCGGCUCUUGCCCCAAGAUCCAUAUGAAAGAGCCAAAAUUCGCUUCUGGGCUGGCUUUCUCCACCAGCAGUUGUUUGAGGCCAUGUUCUCUGUGCUCAAAACUGAUUACGAAGCGCAAGAGAGAGCUGUCAAGGAAGUGCACGAGAAAAUGAAGGUGUUCGAAGAGGGUAUCAAGUGCAGUUAUCCCGGGGGAUCACCAAUUAUCAACGGUGACAACGUGGGACUCCUGGACAUUGUUGUCUGUUCAAUAUUGGGUGCUCAUAAAGCUCAGGAAGAAAUACUCCGUGUAAAAUUUCUGGACCAAGAGAAGUAUCCGAGGGUGACCUCUAGGGUGAAAGCUCUAACCGAGUUGCCAUCGGUGAAAGAGGCAAUGCGUCCUCAUGAGAAGCUGGUGGGCGUUCUUCAGUUAAAAAGGGCUAGGGCUCUUGAAUCUGCAACAGCUUGAUGCUUAUAAGGGUCUCCUUGAUAAUAAGGCGGGAACUUCGUCUGUCGCGCUCACAUGUUAUAUUUGAUUGCACUUCUAUGUGAUCUGCAUAUACUUGUGGAAUAAGCUACCGCCCAAUAAAGUUUUACUUUGAAUGUUCCGUUAUAUUUCAGUCUCUCUAUAAAUACUUCUACUGCGAUAACACUGAACUAGCCAUUUGUUCCAUCCUUCCGUGAUAUAUUGCGUAGCUAUUGAUCACCGAUUCUACUAGCUGCAUAGAAAACUGACUGCCUGCAACUUGCAACCUCGCUGAACACGACGAAGGAUCUAACUCUGCAAGAAGAUCAUCACAUGCUUUCGCCAAUCUUUGCCGUGUAAAUACCCAACAUUUCUGAUAACCAUGUUUGGCCGUCAACUCCAACAAUACAAUUUCUUUUUCCCUCUUUGAACAAUACAGCCCAUUGCUGCUGGGAAAAGAUUCUGCUUGAAGUCAGCUGAACUGAACUGAUUGAAGUCAAUUUAGAGAGAGGAACAAGUAACGGAGAGAGAGGAUAGAGGAAAUCUCAAAAUUUCUACAAGGUGGGCCCGGCUCGACAUAUGUCAGUGCUCUGGAUGGACUAUCUUAAAUAUGACGUGGCUCAACAGUUGUACCCAAUAUUUUCUCGAUAAUCCAUGGGCUCUCCAAUAGGUAGAUUUGACAAUAUAUCUGCCAUGUUAUUUUCUAAAAAUUUUGAAAUCAUGCAUUUACAUUGUUUUA